AUGGAGAACAUGAUGCAGGGCAAUAAGAUCAGACGAGUUGCAGCUACUCGCAUGAAUGAGAGGUCAUCUCGAUCACACACGAUUUUCCGGAUUAUUCUGGAGUCGAAAGAUGCCAAUCAGAAAGAUGGACCUGUACAUAUAAGCUACCUUAACUUAAUGGACUUAGCUGGUUCUGAGAGAGUUUCUCUGACGAAAGCUGCUGGUGAGCGUCUUAAAGAGGGGGCUAACAUAAACAAAUCUUUGUCAGUAUUAGGAAAUGUGAUAAGGCAACUAAGCGAGGGGAAGGAGUUUAUCAGUUAUCGCGAUUCGAAAUUGACUAGACUGCUCUCACAGGCUCUUGGCGGUAAUGCCAAAUCAUUGAUUAUCGGGAAUAUCAGACCAAUGAUCCACCGCGAAGUAGCCGAUGGUCUAGAGCGUCUUUGGAACGUAAGAGUAAACUGCAUAUGGGAAGCCGAUGAAAGUAGUCGCCAUGGAGAGGUUUAUAUAUUCGACCAUGUAUUUAAUCAGGAAUGUACAAAUUCAGAUGUAUAUGGAUCUGUAGUAAAACCUUUAGUCGAUUCCUUCAUGGAAGGUUUCAAUGCCACAAUAUUUGCAUAUGGCCAAACAUCUUCUGGCAAAACACACACCAUUUUGGGCAAUAAAACAGAUCCUGGGCUUUUCCAAUUAGUAUCCAAUCAGUUAUUCCAGCAUGUGGCAGACCAGGUUGAUAAGAGGUACUUGAUUAGAUGCAGUUAUAUUGAAAUCUACAAUGAAAAGAUCAAUGACCUCCUGGAUAAGAGCAAUCAGGGUUUAACUAUAGAGAAGAUAUCAAAGGAAAUGUGCUGCUUGAUGCAAGGGAAGCUGUCGUAG